UUAAAUUUAGAUGAAAAUGAGUCAUAAUAUUUAUGAAACUCAGUGCUAUGUCCCCAGAUAUAUCUCCAGAAGUCGCAAGAGGAAGUCCAAAGAGAGCAAAAAGAAACCGCAAGUUAGUUUUUGUGUUAGAAUUCCGAAGAGAAUGAGGGAUAAGAACUUCUAUAAGAAGGGUCAGCAGAAAUAAAUUAGGCCGGGAUUCUCUGAAAUAUAAGUUUUAUGGCAAAGAGAGGAUUGAUAUACAAUAUCCUCAGAUACACUUAAUGCUCAAGAAUAUGGACCGCCAGUACAAGAAAAUCACAAACGAAAUGUCUCUGCUAAAUAAAUUGGUUAAAAGAAGACCUUAACAAUUUCUCAAGACAAACCAAGAAUUCUUUCUUAAGACUACCUAGAAGAUCAAGAAUGCUUCAAAACGCUUCAGAAAUAGUCAAAUCAUACGACAACCUUCCUGAAAGAAGAAAACAAACCUCCAACUCUAAGUACAAUCCCUCAGCCUCCAAAUCAGCCCUACUCCAAGCCAAGAGCGAACAAUCUUUAAAACCCCACUACAAAAAGAUCCUAUCUCCUGAACUACGAAGACUGAUCCCUCUUCCCCAACUAUAGUGUAAAUCUGUUAUAAAGUUC